AUGGCUGGCCAAAUCAUUCCUGCCAACAACGACCAGAACCUCGAGAACAUGGGACUGAUGCCCGUGCUGCCACCGGGCUUCCACUUCUUCCCUUCUGAUGAAGAGAUCUUCCACUACUACCUGGUGAACAAGAAUGUCCGCCCGAACCCCAACCUGGCCAACCAAUUCGAUCACAACGUGAUCAAGGAGCUCGACGUGUAUGGCUACAGUCCGUCGGAGUUGUCAGAGAAUCCUUACUUCGAGUAUGGCCCCAAGGAGGCAACAAGGCACUGGUACUUCUACACAGCUGCUCGUGGGCCUGCCGAGAGGCAGAGAAGGAUGAGGGCCGUGAACCGCGGGUUCUGGCUGAUGAGGGGGAGGGGCAACGAUGAUGUCGUGCGUGGUGGUGGUGCAGUUCUGGGUGCCAAGUGCUGCUUUGUUUUCUACAUGGGGACUUCAGUUCACAAUGCUGUUAGGACUGAUUGGAUCAUGCAUGAAUUUGCGCUGCCUGAUCAUGCCCAGGCUUCUUUCUUGCUCUAUCGACUUUUUGCGAAGCCUUGGACUGGGGAUAGCUCAUCGAGUGCUCGCAAUGAUGGAGUGCUCCCAUAUGAAGCUGCUCCAGGAGGCAAUCGUGAGGAUGUGUUGGUUAGCGAGAUACAUAACCAUGUUCCAGAUGGGCAAAUUCCUGCUCCUGUUCGUCUGAACCAGACCAUCUAUCUGAAUAGUAGGGUAAACCAUCAUCAUGGGGACAGCGAUGGUGCUGGGAACUUCGAUGCUGAUUUUGCAGCACCGCCGACAACAGGUGCUCCAAGGGUAGACUAUAUAGAGCUGAAUGAUUUUUUCAGCCCGCUGUGA